AUGGGGAAGGAGAUGGAGGAGCAGGACCCAGAAGGACCAGGAAUCGACAAGACAGCAAGGAAAGAGAUCCAGGCGGGGAGUGGUGCUGAGCUCCGGGAGAGAGCGGUGCCAGAGGUCCUGCCUCAGGAGACGGGGAUCCCAGAGGAGCAUCGCCAGCGUUUCCGGCAGUUCUGCUACCAGGAGGCGGCUGGGCCCCGAGAGUUCCUGGCCGUCCUGCCCGAGGAAAUGCAGCGCUGGGUCAGAGGAUGUGGGCCGGAGACCAGUUCCCAGGCGGUGUCCCUGGCCGAGGGCUUCCUCCUGAGUUGGGCAGAGGACAUGCGGCAGGCAGGGCAGUUUCAGAUGUGGGGACCGUCUGUGAAGAUGGGAUUGAAGUUCUCUGAGGAGGAAGGAUCUCCUUGGGAGGAAGAGCAGAAGGCCCAGGAGUGUUCCCAAGAUGCCCUCUCACAUGCAGGAGAUGUCGAGGAAUCAGUUGCGGAAUUCCAGCGGUUCUCAUUGGAAAAAGCCAAGAAUGACCAGGCUGAAGGAAACUUUGGGAAUAAAGAUGGACCACAGGAGCAGGAAGGAAGCUGUACGGUGAAGAGGUGGGUAAAGUCCAUUCCUCGCCAAGAAGGGGGCUUCCACGAAAUCCAAGUCCGCAACCGUCUCCAAUGGACUCAUUCAGGAGUGAAGCCAUUUAUCUGUUCCAAGAGCAGAAUGACGUUCUUCAGUGGAAGAAAGGGUAAUGUAUGUUUUCCAAGCCACAUUAUAAUGAAGCCAUGUAAAUGCUGUUACUGUGGAAAGGACUUCAGAUACAGACCACAGCUUCUUGUACACAAAAAAAUACAUGCAGUACAGAAGCUUUUUGAAUGUUCAGGGUGCGGAAAGAAAUUCAGUAUGAAUUCCAGUCUACAAAAGCACCAAAGAACCCACACCGGGGAGAAGCCUUUUGAAUGCUCAGAGUGUGGAAAGAGAUUCAGUAGGAGUGGCAAUCUUCAAGUGCACCGAAGAACUCAUACAGGGGAGAAACCUUUUGAAUGCUUAGAGUGUGGAAAGAAAUUCAGUAUGAAUUCCAGUCUUCAAAAGCAUCAAAGAACCCACACAGGGGAGAAACCUUUUGAAUGCUUAAAGUGUGGAAAAAGAUUCAGUCAGAGUAGCAAUCUUCAAAAGCAUCAAAGAACCCACACAGGGGAGAAACCUUUUGAAUGCUCAGAGUGUGGAAAGAGAUUCAGUCAGAGUGACAGUCUUCAAAAGCAUCAUGGCACCCACACAGGAGAGAAACCUUUUGAAUGCUCAGUGUGUGGAAAGAGAUUCAGUCAGAAUGUCAAUCUUCAAAAGCACCAAAGAACCCACUCAGGGGAGAAACCUUUUGAAUGCUCCGAGUGUGGAAAGAGAUUCAGUCAGAGUGACAGUCUUCAAAAGCAUCACAGCACCCACACAGGAGAGAAACCUUUUGAAUGCUCAGAGUGUGGGAAAAGAUUCGGUCAGAGUGGAAAUCUUCAAAAGCACCAAAGAACCCACACAGGGGAGAAAGCUUUUGAAUGCUCCGAGUGUGGAAAGAGAUUCAGUCAGAGUGGCAUUCUUCAAAAGCAUCAAAGAAUACACACAGGGGAGAAACCUUUUAAAUGCUCAGAAUGUGGAAAGAGAUUCAUUCAGUGUGGCAGUCUUCAAGGGCAUCAAAGAACCCACACAGGGGAGAAACCCUUUGAAUGCUCAGAGUGUGGAAAGAGAUUCAGUCAGAGUAGCAAUCUUCAAAAGCAUCAAAGAACACACACAGGGGAGAAACCUUUUGAAUGCUCAGAAUGUGGAAAGAAAUUCAGUAGGAGUGGUGUUCUUCAUCAGCAUCAAAGAAUGCACAGAGGGGAGAAACCUUUUGAGUGUUCAGAGUGUGGAAAGAGAUUCAGUCAGAGUGGCAAUCUUCAAAAGCAUCAAAGAACUCACACAGGGGAGAAACCUUUUGAAUGCCCGGAGUGCGGAAGGAGAUUUAGUCAUAGGGGCAAUCUUCAAAAGCAUCAAAGAACUCACACAGGGGAGAAACCUUUUGAAUGCUCAGAGUGUGGAAAGAGAUUCAGUACAAGUGGCAGCCUUCAAAAGCAUCAAAGAAUGCACAGAGGGGAGAAACCUUUUGAAUGCUCAGAGUGUGGAAAGAGAUUCAGUCAGAGUGGCAAUCUUCAAAAGCAUCAAAGAACCCACACAGGGGAGAAACCUUUUGAAUGCUCAGAGUGUGGAAAGAGAUUCAAUACAAGUGGCAAUCUUCAAAAGCAUCAAAGAACCCACACAGGGGAGAAGCCUUUUGAAUGCCAAGAGUGCGGAAAGAGAUUCAGUCAGAAUGGCACUCUUCAACUGCACCAAAGAAUCCACACAGGGGAGAGACCUUUUGAAUGCCCAGAGUGUGGAAAGAGAUUCAAUACAAGUGGCAAUCUCCAAAAGCAUCUAAGAAUUCACAGAGGGGAGAAAGCUUUUGAAUGCUCAGAGUGUGGAAAGAGAUUCAGUCAGAGUGGCAAUCUUCAUCAGCAUCAAAGAACCCCCACAGGGGAGAAACCUUUUGAAUGCCCCAGGUGUGGAAAGAGAUUCAGUCAAAAUGGCACUCUUCAAUUGCACCAAAGAAUCCACAGAGGGGGAAAACCUUUUAAAUGCUCAGAGCCGGGCCCCAGCAGGGUGAAAGAAGGCCACGGGUCUCUAUUUGCAUCCAAGCUGAUCCAGCUCCAUUCUUCCCACCCUAAGCAGCGAAGAGACGGUGUUGAGUCAUCAUCUUUGUGGAGGAGUGGAAAUGGCUGCUGCCCCUGCAGUCCAGAAGGCACGGAUGUGCGAGAGACUGCAGUGGAGACGGACGAAGGGCUGGAAAGUUUCUCAAGAGGAUCUCAACAGAAUAUUUCCUUCCUGAGUGAAUUGGAUGCAAGGGACGUUGAGGAGUCAGGCGGGGAAUUUCAGGGGUUCUUCCUGGAAAAAUCCCAGAAUGAACAAGCCAAAGGAAACUUUGGGAAUAGAGAUGGACCAGAGAGGCAGGAAGAAAUCUGUAUGCACCAAAGAAUCCACUCAGCAGGGAAAGUGUUUGAAUGCUCAGAGUGUGGAAAGAGAUUUAGUCGGAGUGGCAUUCUUCAACAGCAUGAAAGAAUCCACACGGGGGAGAAACCUUUUGAAUGCUUGGAGUGUGGAAGGAGAUUUAGUCGGAGGGGCAGUCUUCAAGAGCAUCAAAGAACUCACAGAGGGGAGAAACCAUUUGAAUGCUCAGAGUGUGGAAAAAGAUUCAUUCAGAGUGGCCAUCUUCAAAGGCACCAAAGAACCCACACAGGGGAGAAGCCUUUUGAAUGCUCAGAGUGUGGAAAGGGAUUCAGUCAGAGUGGUAGUCUUCAAGACCAUCAAAGAACCCACACAGGGGAGAAACCAUUUGAAUGCUUGGAGUGCGGAAGGAGAUUUAGUCGGAGCGACAGUCUUCAACAGCAUCAAAGAAUCCACAAAGUGGAGAAAACUUUUGAAUGCUCAGAGUGUGGAAGGAGAUUCAGUCGGAGUUCCAGUCUACAACUGCACCAAAGAACUCACACAGGGGAGAGACCUUUUGAAUGCUCAGAGUGUGGAAGGAGAUUCAGUCGGAGUUCCAGUCUACAACUGCACCAAAGAACUCACACAGGGGAGAGACCUUUUGAAUGCUCAGAGUGUGGAAGGAGAUUCAGUCGGAGUUCCAGUCUACAACUGCACCAAAGAACUCACACAGGGGAGAGACCUUUUGAAUGCUCAGAGUGUGGAAGGAGAUUCAGUCGGAGUUCCAGUCUACAACUGCACCAAAGAACUCACACAGGGGAGAGACCUUUUGAAUGCUCAGAGUGUGGAAGGAGAUUCAGUCGGAGUUCCAGUCUACAACUGCACCAAAGAACUCACACAGGGGAGAGACCUUUUGAAUGCUCAGAGUGUGGAAGGAGAUUCAGUCGGAGUUCCAGUCUACAACUGCACCAAAGAACUCACACAGGGGAGAGACCUUUUGAAUGCUCAGAGUGUGGAAGGAGAUUCAGUCGGAGUUCCAGUCUACAACUGCACCAAAGAACUCACACAGGGGAGAGACCUUUUGAAUGCUCAGAGUGUGGAAGGAGAUUCAGUCGGAGUUCCAGUCUACAACUGCACCAAAGAACUCACACAGGGGAGAGACCUUUUGAAUGCUCAGAGUGUGGAAGGAGAUUCAGUCGGAGUUCCAGUCUACAACUGCACCAAAGAACUCACACAGGGGAGAGACCUUUUGAAUGCUCAGAGUGUGGAAGGAGAUUCAGUCGGAGUUCCAGUCUACAACUGCACCAAAGAACUCACACAGGGGAGAGACCUUUUGAAUGCUCAGAGUGUGGAAGGAGAUUCAGUCGGAGUUCCAGUCUACAACUGCACCAAAGAACUCACACAGGGGAGAGACCUUUUGAAUGCUCAGAGUGUGGAAGGAGAUUCAGUCGGAGUUCCAGUCUACAACUGCACCAAAGAACUCACACAGGGGAGAAACCUUUUGAAUGCUCAUUAUGUGGAAAGAGAUUCAUUCGAAAUACGACUCUUCAACAGCACCAAAGAACUCACACAGGGGAGAAAGCUUUUGAAUGCUCAGAAUGUGGAAAGAGAUUCAGUCAGAAUUCCAGUCUUCAAAAACAUCAAAGAACCGGGGUGGGGGUGUCGGUGGAAGAGGCGUCUCUAAAGGGCCGAAAAGAGGAAGCGCUUCAGAGGCGCAGCAGCAGCAGCAGGGAAAAGCCUCGUGGACGGAGCCGGGCUAGGUUUACUCGCAAACACUUCACCGCUGUGGUUGAAGCAGCUGUAUUGAUGGAUGCAGGGAUGAGGAUGGGCAGGGGCAAGAUCCGUCUCCUUGGUCUUUCGCAUUCCUCCUCUUACCUGUAUCCCUUCCUGCAGUUUCAGAUGUGGGGACCGUCUGUGAAGAAGGGAGUGAAGUUCUCUGAAGAGAAAGGAUCUCCUUUGGAGGAGGAGCAGAAGGCGCAGGCCCAGGAGCGUUCCCAAGAUGCCCUCUCGUGUGUGGCUUCUCAGGUGUCUGAGCAAGAGAGCCUCUGA